AUGGUUCAUUUGCUAAUUAUUCUCAGUGUCAUCGCGACCUCGCUGGCCUGCGCUCCGAAGUCUGGGACAACUGGAACUGGAGGAACAACCGGCACUGGUGGAACAACCGGCACUGGUGGAACAACCGGCACUGGUGGAACAACCGGUACCACUGGAACUGGAGGGGCAACUGGUACUGGUGGAGCAACCGGUACCACUGGAACUGGAGGGGCAACUGGUACUGGUGGAGCAACCGGUACCACUGGUACUGCCACUGGGCGAAAACGUGAAGUCGAGCAUGCACAGGCUAUUGUCGUUACUAAAGCCAACUUCAAUCCGAAAAUGAAUCCAAUCUACAUGAGUGCCGUCGGAUACACGAUUGAGCAGCAUGCGUACGAACGCGGUCUCAUCCACAACCACGACAUGAUUCACGAGGAAGCAAUGAACAUAGGCGGCAAAUUCGCCGUGGUCUUCACCAUUCUUGAUGUGGACUGUGACCAGUUGAAGGAAUUCGCUUCAACAGCUAAAGAGAUGUCAACUCUCAUUGAGCAUGCUAUAGUCAACUGCGGUGCCAAAUCAACAGUUCUAUAG